AUGGAGGCGGUGAAGAACCGAAUGCUCCUGUUCGCCGUGCGACAACUUCUUGGUCGCAUCGUGAAGGACAUUCAAAGCGAUCAGUUGGAGCACAUUGGACGUUCGAACAACAGCCUCGGGUUCAGCGUUGAACUUUCCCGUCUUGAGCUGAACGAGGCGUUUAUUAACGAAGCGCUCCUGGGCGUUCCGGCGGAAGGGACGAGUCCCUCGCAGUCAAGUACGUCUGCUUCAAUACGUCUGGUGCGAGGCCAUGUAAACAGUAUUCGCGGGGAUUUUUCCUUUGGGAACAAAGGAGAAAGAAAUAUUGAGGUUGACGGCCUGCAACUUGUGUUGGAUGUCAUUCCAAAAAUAGAGUGCUCUGUUCCAACAGGUCGCCGGAGUCGCAACGUAAGUCAAAUGAGGGACACGAGGGAUCGUCGUGGUCAUGAAAAAAAUGCAACAUUUCCGAGGAGUGGCUGGGAUGAUGAGAAUAUUGGCGUAGAAGAGGACACCAUAUACUCUUCCCUCUUUAUAAGCGAUAGUCUGCGAAAAGGGGUAGAGGAGAGUGUGGUACGCCCUGCCAUGGAUGAGGCAGCGUAUUCCACGGGACAGUCUUCGCCAUUCCGCCAUAUUGAUGGCGGACUGGAGGUGUUUGAGCGAACAAUCAAGCAGUUUGCUCAUAGUGUGAGGGGUUGUAUACGGAAUGUAAGCAUAAUCUUGCGUAUCCCGCCCUUGGGCGAGCGAAUUAUGCCGGGACGGGAACCCCCAGACGGUAGUUUGGAAUUGUUGGUCUCAUUUGAAGGUGGAUUUGAGCUAGAGGAUAUGUGCUCGGAUCCAGAUGGCGAUUUGGUUCACAAACGCAUUCGAUUCUCCGGUGUUCGUGCGGCCGUAUACCCAUACGGACAGCGGCGCACAAUGCGUUUUACAGAUGACGAAUUGGAGGAGUCCGUUGAUCUUGCCGACGUUUUCCUUUGUGGUGGACGAACGGACGAGUUCAACAAUGACAUUGUACUGCGCUUUGGUGAGGGACGAAACCCAACUCAGGGGCCGGAGGCGCAUCUUGACAUGAAGAUUACGACGAAGUCCUUCUUCUUUAUCCUUUCACCGACACAGUUGGGUCGUCUGGUGCAUGUUGCUUGCGCUUUGGUGGGGGCACCGGAGGGGGACAUGGAUGCAGCUGCAGAAGCGGCGGCAGCGGUAGCACCUCGUGUGGUUCGAUUCAUCACAACGAUGAAGGCAACGUGUCAGUACGUUUUUUGUGUGCUUCUUCCCGGUGAGGAUCGUCAGGGGAUUAAGGGAUUUUGGCAAACACUUCAGCAAGGUGAUAAUGGGGCUUCCUCUGGCGAUGCACUACUGUCAUCUAGAAGUUACCGGCUUGUUUUGCAUCGUCUGCUUCACCGCACAGGGUACUACAAUGUGCAUGUGGGCGGUAUCAUGUUAUUAGUUCAGCCAGUGACGGCGAGCACAAGCCGUUCCGAGGAUGCAUUUCAUGAUGUUUUUGAAAAUCACGGUGGACGUGGCUGUUCGGCGGGAAUCAGCGCCAUUGAAAUCUAUGAGCUUGCCCCCGGAAGUAGCGGUGAGGGUGGCUCCAGUGACAUGGAAGGGGGCCGACUCAUCUUAACCACCAAGCAAAACGUUGAAAAUUACUCCGAGCGGCGCUAUCGCAUUGCCAUUGUCGCUAGGACGACAUACCCUCUGACACUUGCGGAGUCGCGACAGUAUAGCGUCAAUAUGCUGAAGGAUCAGGAUCACGUCACCGCCGUUGUGAUGGAACAUGUUCUUGUGAAAACUUCAGGUGCGGUUCUUUUGGCGGAAUUGGAUGCGGGCAUCUUUAAAAGGCUUGGAACCUUUUGGGCUCGCUUGCAGCACAUUAUAGGAGCGAUCCCUGGAACAGGGAGGUCGUUCUCAGAGAAACAGCAGCAAAGAGGACGGCAACAACAACAACAACAACAGGCUGCAGAGCUCUCUGUGUUGUCGUCACCGUCAUUUGUACCGCUGAGUCGAGUUUCACGGGAGGAAUCAGAUCGUCUUGAACGACCCUUGGGCGAGGGGCAAUUUACUCAACUGCCGCUCGAACAGUUGACUGGGGAGGGCUGUGGAGGUUACUCUCCAGAGAUGCAGGUGACGACGCCUUAUGUCCUGUUGCGCUUUUUUACGCUUCAAUUGGAAGGUCUCACGUUGGAGAUGAAGUUUUCAUCUUCCAAAAUGCCCGAUCCGGAUUAUUACGGCCCACUGACAAAACGGUUGUGGGAACACUUGCGGAGUGAAGCGGAGGCGUCUUUUCCCACCACUGAUCACUCAAAGUUUUCCGGUGUGGAUGGGCCCUAUCUCCCAUUGACGAUGAGUUUGUAUCUGAAGUCGCUUGAUGUAUCGCUUGGAAGCGAAGGUGUGCUGGAGGUGUUUUUGGGUGAGGGGCAGCUGACCCUGCAUGACUACAAGGAACGGGUGCAGAGCAAUAUUAUGCACUUUGUGCUUGACCCGGAUAGCAAGGAACCCUGCAUCGUUGUCCGCCAACGGCAGUCGCGGUCAUGCGACACGGCAUGGAGCGUCGCAAGGAAGGCUCACGCUCCCUUUACAGAUGAGUAUGAAAAAGAGGAAAUUCAGGCUGAAAGCAACAGC